CUUACUCUCUGCCUCCACCAUUGUGACUCCUCCUGCAGGCUGCAGCAAGGCCUCGGUUUAAAAAUUUUAAACCUUUCUCUUUGUUUUUAAUCUUUAUUCCCUUUACCUUGUUCCUCCUCUCGUUUUGGUGUUUUCUUCGCCAAUAUUUUUGGCGGCUAGGGUUUCGACUCUUCGCUCAUUCAGACAUUAACCAUACUGUGUAUAUAUACAGAGAGACUCAUAUAUAUAGAUACACUCAUUGAUAGAUUCAUCCAGAAGUUGUGAUCGAAGUUUUUGUUCGAGAUUCAAUUCAAAGUCGUGAUUUUUCACCAUUGGGUUUGCUUUGAUUCUUUGUUUUGGGCCGAAAUUUUCAUCUGGGCAAAGGGCAGACCCUCCUGGUUUUUAAGCUUUCAACGUCUGAUCAGUCUCUCAAGUAAGUCCCCUUAUGCUUUCUUUAUGAAUUCAGAUCGCCCUGUUAUUGUUCUUUCACUUGGGAAAGAUUUUCUAGGAUGAAAGAUUUUAGCUUCUUGAGUGAUGAUCAUUGGUUAAUUGUAAGCUUAAUGGAGUUAAUCUCUGUUUUUGUGUUGAAUUAGUCUUGCUGAGUAUUACUGAUUGGUGAUUACCUGUGUUUAUUAUUCAUUGAUAGGAGUUGGUUGAGGAAUUGACUACCAACAGAAUGAGUUACUCUGAUUCUCAGCCUCAUUUCCCACAGCAGUCCUAUCAAUCAGGCAGUGAUGCAAUUGGUAUCUGGCCUCAAUUCUCAACGAGCAGCAAUGAACAAUUCGACCCAUCUUCGCCGUUUGAACAAUUGCAACCCCACCAGCCUCCUUACAAACGGGCCAAGAGUUCUUCAGAUGAUGACAAUGGGCAGCCUGUGAGCUCACGGAUGCAGAUGCCACCACCGAGCAACAUCCCUAUCAACCGAGGAACGACCAACAUCUUUUUCAAGACUAGAAUGUGUGCUAAGUUCAAGACUGGGACUUGUAGGAACGGCGAGAACUGCAAUUUUGCUCAUGGUAUGCAGGAUUUGAGGCAGCCUCCGCCCAAUUGGCAAGAGCUUGUUGGGGUUAGUGGUGGUAGUGGUGGUGGGCGAGUUGAAGAGGAUAAUAGUAGGCAGCCACCGGUGGUGAAUUGGGAGGAUGACCAGAGGAUAAUUCAUAAGAUGAAGUUGUGUAAGAAGUUCUGUAAUGGGGAGGAAUGUCCAUAUGGGGACAGGUGCAAUUUUCUGCACGAGGAUCCUGCGAAGUUUAGGAGCGAUGCUGGAGGGAGGUUUAGGGAGAGUGCUGCAAUAAGCAUUGGGACUACUGGGAUGCCUAUGAUGAAUGGAAGUGGUGGUGGUUAUGCUUUUCCUGAAGCCAUUAGGCCUGCUCAGAAUGCUGCUGCUGCUGGUUCAGAUGCGCUUAGGGCCAUGAUGAUGAAGCCUGUGUACUGGAAGACGAAACUGUGCUCUAAAUUUGAGAUCACAGGUCAUUGCCCCUUUGGUGAGAAAUGCCACUUUGCUCAUGGACUACCAGAGUUACAAGCUCAUGGUGGACAGCUAGAUGGGGAACCAGUGAUUCAGGGCUCCAUUUUAACGAGGCAAUCGUCUGUUCUUGGCAACGGCAAUCCAUCCCCAAGCACUGUAGCAAACAUGGCUAACUCCGUUGAAGACUCACAGGGUAGGAAGAAGUGCCUGCUCAAGUGGAAAGACCCAAAGAAACUGAACAAUAUUUAUGGUGACUGGCUUGAUGAUCAGCCCUUAAUACUGAACUUGACAAACGUGGAGAGCUGAGAGAGCUUUUUGAUCUGAUUUGCUUGCUUGCCUGCAAUUUUGGAAGAUUUUGAUUCAGUAUCAUACUUGAGGUUCUUUCUACCAAUGGCCAUUAGGGAAGAGUUGUUUCUUUGUUUGUUCCGGCUAGAUUAGAACUUCUAUUUUCCUUUCCCUUCAAAUUGAAGUGAAAGGAGAAGAAAGAGGAAGAAGAAGGGAGAGGAAGAGGAAUUGCAUUGAUUCCUUUGUUUGUUUGUUUGUUCACUAGCUAUAUUUGUUUGAUGUUAUGCUGAUGCAGGAAUUUGCAGUCGGCCCCUUUUCAACGAAAGGGUUGAAAUUGGCUUUACCAUAUUUUUCUUGUUUGGUGUCUCUCAUUGUUUUUCACUUUUGACAUGCAGAAAUUGCAAAAACUGGCUAAUUUCUGCGCUGUGUAACUAGUUCGUAUUAGUGAAAUUGGUCUUGUGAUGACAUUGCCGAAUGUAUACUUGCAUACAUGAUUUUGUUUCUAAAAGGGGAAAAAACACGAUGGGCAGAC